AUGCAUAUUGGUUCAGGAACAGGAUAUCGUCGACAUAAACGUCGACAUCGCCGUAUUGUUCAUAAUCACGAUGAAGCUUAUGACAGAAUUUUACCCAAUGCUCAAUAUGAUCAUGUACUAUUCCAAAAAUCAACAAGAGAAAAUACCGAACAGAGAUCAUGCGAAAAAUGUCAGAUGUUUCAUAUCUUUCGUUGGCGUCGCGAACAUAAUCAGAAUGAUGAUAAAUCAACACCUGAUUCAUUAGUUAGUCGAAAAUAUAAACGACAACAUCUUCGACAAAAUCGUGAACGAAUACUACGUGAAACUCGAUAUCGUCAAGGUUUACUUCAUAACAAACAACAUUGGUCAACUGACGAUCUUGAUAAAUAUCAGUAA